AGAGAGGAGACACAACUCUGACGACACCUGCAAACAAACUCACAGCCGCUGCAGACACACACUCACACACACACACACACGAGCCGGAGAGAUGUGGAUUAAAACGGAAUAAUCACCAAACUUUAAUUUUCUAAUUCACGGAGAGUGUAAAGUGAAAAGAAAGAGUCGUGGGAGUUUUUUUUCGACACACCGGAGAAGAGAAGAAAACGAGUCGACAGCAGGCGUCUGGUGGAUGGCGAGAAAAUGGAGGUGGACAGACGAGAGGUGCCUCUUUAUGGUCAGGUGGAGGCCCAUGUGAAGCUACAGGCAGAUGUUCCUGAAGAGGCGGAGCUUUAUGUUGUUGUUCAAGGCUCUGAACUCACUCAUGUGACAACAGGAAAAAGAGGAGAUGACGGCCUGACACUUUGCUUCACAGUUCCUGGCCAUGACCAUGUCGAAGACGUCUCUAUAACUGCCUACUUUUACGCAGAAGACCAGGUCAGGCGUUGUGAGAGUGAAGCGUCUCUUAAUUACCUCAGGGAUGUUGCCCAGGAAUCUGCAGAGUACCUGAGAGCAAACAGGGACCAGCUUGGACCCGAGAGCUACCUGGAAGUCCUAAAGAGGUUUUCCACAUCAGCACAGGCAGCUGACGAGGAGUUUCCUCCUGGAGGGUUGGACCUGCCACUAACGCAGAGUCAAGGUGAUGGCGUUUCUCUCAGGCAGCUGGACGUGAAGAUCGUGGGGGCGAUGGCCAACUUGGAUUAUCUUCAGCAGUGGAAAAACUUGAAGGACAAUCAGCCGAAAGAAGCUGCUGAUCUUCAACCCAAAGAAACUCUCCUCCACCUCGCAGUGCGUUUGGGUUUGGUCCACCUCGCCCGCUUCUGUAUUCAACAACCAAGAGGUCACAGGUUAUUGACCUUACCCAAUCAGGAGGGAGACACCCCCCUCCAGCUGGCUCAGAGGGGCGGACAGCAUGACCUGUUCAGGGUUCUGGCAGCUCCUCCAGGUCCUGCUGCCGGUUCAGGGCUGCGGUGUGUUUGGUCGGACAACUGCUGCAUGCUAAGGUUCUGCACUGGGACGAACUCCCCGACCCUGACUGUGCAGCAGACGCCCGGCAGCUGCCCUCGGGACGCCGUCAUGAUCCUAAGAGAGAGACUCAGAGACCCCAGCAUCCUCAAACUGAUCAAUGAGCUCAAAGCCGACGACGAGGAAGACAAGACAAUCCAGAAUGAGAUCCUUUCUAAGAAUGGAGGCAUUAGCGAGGAGCUCCGAGGAGAGGUGCCCGCACCGGUGGAAAACGUUAUUGAAGAACGGCUCGUUCUGUCUUUAGAUGACGACGACGACGAUGACGAAGAAGAAGAAGAUGAGCACCCCUCCUCGAUAUCUGUGAAUGGGGGAUCGAUAGGAGUCCAGAACCAGAUCAGCCAGCACGCUUCAGACCUUCUGCUCUCCAUGGUCGAAAGCAGCGAAGAGACGAUCACUCAGCAGACACAGUCAGAAGAUGUAGACGUCAAGUACGCCGUCUGCGGGGCGACGAGCGACAGCACAGCGACCGACGAGAGUUUGUGGGACGCGGCGGAUCUCCUGCCUGCCACCGACACUCCUCCUCCUCCUCCGCCGCCGCAGUCAGAGGAUUGCCCCCCUCCAUUUUUACCCGACCCUCUCCCGCUCUCGCCUGCUGACCAGGCCCUCGCCAGGUUGAGUCGUCCCCUUUUCUCUGAGCCGACCAAUCAGAGAGAGAGUCCUCCGAUGGACACCUGUGACCUGAGUCUAGUGGCUCUGGAGCUGGACAGCGAGGAGGACGUCCCCGAGCCGCGGUCUCUCCUCUCGCCAGAUGUUGAGAAAAGCAAAGACAAAAGGGAAACCUGUCGCCCCUCCGCUGACCUCGCUUGCACUCGCAGCCAAUCUGCUUCAUCAGCAUGUGGCACUCCCACCAAAGAUUUGGGUGACCUGGGGAUGCGACUGCGUUCGUAUUCCUACUCUUCUCCCAAAAUCAGUUUGCGCCCUGCUCGUUUUGUCCGGGACAACCACGCUGCAGACAUCGGCUCUGAUGCCGUUCUCCACAGCGUCAGCCACAGCCGAUCUCUCCUUCAGGCCCUCUCUCUGUCUAAAUCUCUGUCUCUGCUCCACCCGGGUAAGCAAAGAACCCCGAGUAUGUCCGAGCACUCGCAUGAAAAAAGAGACAUUAGUUUCCAUCAGCGAGCCCAGUCAGCUGAUGAUGACGAGGGCGGCAUGGACCUGGCCGAGUCCCUCCAACACCUCACCCUGUCAGAGUUUCUCAAAGAAAUUGAAGAGGAGGAGUUGGAUAAGUACAACAUCCCGACGAAGGUGGAGUCUGAGAAGUACAAAGUGAUCCGCACCUUCAGUUUCCUCAAGAGCAGGAUGUCCAGCACACGCAACAAGACCAAGGGGAAGGGGAAGGACCGGGAGGCCAAGGACAGGCCGCUGAACGGACAUCGCUUCAACACGGGAGCCUGUUUAGGCCCGACUGUGUGCGUGGUGUGUGACAAACCGGCUUCUGGAAAGGACCUGCUGCAUUGCUCCAGUUGCACUGCGAUCGUCCAUAAAGGCUGUAAGGACUCGCUCCCCCCGUGUUUGAAGAAACUUCAGGAGAAGUAUGCGGUUGCCGUGGUGAAGAACAGGACAGCAUCUCUCCCACAGAAUUUCACGGUGAGAGAGAGUCCUCCUCCUCAGCUGGUGAUCCCCUCCUCCCCCUCUCUACCUGUCAUGACCCCGAAGGAGAGGAAGGAAGCUGCGGCCCAGCCGUGCACCCUCUCGGGGAGUUUCCCAAACAGCGACAGUCGGCUCAGCGAGAGUUCAGAGACAGAAUCUGACACCUCGAGGGGCUUCAGCCGAUCAGAGGAGCUCCUGCCGACUCCAGCCUCCUCCACCGACUCCUCAAUGGGAGAAGACUGUGUCGACACGUUCGUCCACAGCGACAUGUCCGGGGACGCCGCGGAUUACGAAGCCGAGUCGUGGAGUCUGACGGUUGAGCACAAGUUCUGCAAGAAGCAGGACAAGCGAGCCGUCAAGAGGCAGGACGUUAUCUACGAGUUGAUGCAGACGGAGCUCCACCACCUGCAGACGCUCCACAUCAUGGCCGAGGUGUUCCGCCGCGGCAUGAGGGAGGAGGUGCAGCUGGACACGGAGGCGGUGGAGCGCGUCUUCCCCUGCCUGGAUCAGCUGCUGCUCUUCCAUCACGCCUUCUUCGCCGCCAUGAAGGAGCGGCGGCGACACAGCUCGGCGGACCCGCAGGGACACGGGAGGAACUACCUCAUCCGGAGGAUAGGAGACGUCCUCCUCCAACAGUUUUCAGAUGAGAACAGCGAGAAGAUGAAGCAGGUGUACGGAGACUUCUGCAGCCGUCACAACGAGGCGGUCAGCUUUUUCAAAGAGCUCCAGCAGCACAACAAGAGAUUUCAGAACUUCAUUAAGCAACAAGGUAAUAAUUCUCUGGUCAGACGCAGAGAGAUCCCAGAAUGCAUCCUGCUGGUCACCCAAAGGAUCACAAAGUACCCGGUGCUGCUGGAGAGGAUCCUCCAGUACACUCAAGAGGAGACGGAGGAGCGCGCCGACAUCUCCAAAGCGCUCGCCCAGAUCCGGGGGGUGAUCACGGCCGUGGACCUGAGCGUCAGCGAGUACGAGCGGCGCCAGAGGCUGCAGGAGGUGUGGGGCCGCAUGGAGAACCGCAGCGCCGCCAAGCUGAAGAGCGGCCACACGUUCCGCAAGCAGGACAUGAUGAGGCCGGGCCAGACGCUCAAACACCAGGGCCCGCUGCUGUGGAAGACCGCCACGGGGCGACUCAAAGACGUCCUGGCGCUGCUUCUCACUGACGCACUCAUCUUCCUGCAAGAAAAAGACCAGAAGUUCACAUUUGCUGCGGUGGAUCAGAAGCCGCCGGUCAUCGCUCUGCAGAAGUUAAUCGUGCGAGAAGUGGCCAAUGAGGAGCGAGGGAUGUUUCUGAUCAGCGCGUCGGCGGCCGGGCCGGAAAUGUACGAAGUCCACACGUCGUCCAAAGAGGAGAGGAACACCUGGAUGAGGCUCAUCAGAGAGGCUGUGGAGAGCUGUCCGGAGGAGGAGGAGGAAUACACGAGCGAGUCUGAGGAGGAGAAGCGAGCUGCUGAGGCCCGCAAUCAGAAGAUCCAGAAGUUCCAAGAGAGUCUGCUGAUCCAGGACCAGAAGAUCUGCUCCAGCCUGGAGGAGAAGCUGCAGGUGUACGCCGCGCUCUCCGCUCUGAGCGGGAGGACGGACUACGCCUCGCUGGUCGAGCCGCGUCUGCUCGUCCAGCCGCAGGCGGAGGAGACGCCUCAGGCCGCCGUGUUGCUGGCUGCGGCGCUGCAAGAGGCUGAGAACUUAAAAGCCGCUCUGUCGUCGUCAAAGGCCUCCUCCUCCUCUUCAUCGGACUCCGACACGGACUCUCUGAUCCCCGCUGGCCCCGACACCCCCGUGCAGCCCUGCUCGGACUCUGAGACCUCACCGGAAAACCCCGAGACCAGUGAGGGGAUCUGGACUGCUGCUGCACCUCAGUCCCCGACUCUCUUUGAAAAAACAGACGAGAACGACUUCAACACAAAGGUCGCUCAAAGUGUCCAGAGCCUGAUGCAGCUACUCUACAGUCUGCAGGCCGCUGUGACCGUCCAGGACAGCUCCUACGAGGUCAACAGGCUCCUCCUCCGAGAGUCCGGCCGCCCUUCCCCCCGCGCCCAGCAGCGCUCGCACCUCCCCAGCGUCCGCGUCAACUCCCUCCAGGAGCAGGAGAAGCAGCGCAACCUGGAGAAGCGGAAGGAGGAGGUGGCGUCGGCCCGCCGGCUCCAGGGGCGGCUGCGCCAGGAGAAGGAGCGCUGGGAGAGGGAGUGCCAGGCGAGGGAGAGCCAGCAGGGGGAGCAGGAGGGUCGGCUGGAGGAGCGGGAGAGGCAGUGCCACCUGGAGGCGGAGAGGCUGAGGCGGGAGAGGGACGAGUUCGAGGAGCAGCUGGAGGAGUACCAGCAGAGUUUGGAGCGGCUCCGGGAGGGCCAGAGGAGCGUGGAGAGGGAGCGCGAGCGCCUGGAGAGCCAGGAGAACCUGCUGCAGACGUGGAGGCACAGCCGGCAGAGCAGCCUGCCCGCCGUCAUCCCUCACAUGGUCAUCCCUCUGGACGGGACGCAGGACUCGACCACGAGUCAGUCCAGAGACCACGCGGGCAACGGCUCCGUGUUCGUGAACGAGGCCGCCUUCGCCAGCGGCAGCGUCAACAACCGCCACGUCAAGCACAAGAGGAACGACCCCAGCACUCACAACUGUCUCAACACUCUGCUGGCCAGGUCCAGACAGCCCCCCGCCAUAAACAAGACCCCCGGUAACCAGCACCCCGACUCCCAGGGGUGGGUGAUGGAUAAAGGGUACCUGUACGGCUCGGCGGGACGGCUCGGGCUGCAGCACACGCAGACGGAUCUCCACAGUCACGGCUUCAUCGGGGAGAGCUGGUCUUCCACAGCGAGCGGUGCCGACCCGUAUCCGGCGCUGCCACAUCCCGAUGACCCUCAUCUGGACCUCAGCGCCUUGGUUUCCUUGGAGACUGACAGCGGAGGGGAGGAGGGCAGUGAGGAGACCAUUGUGUAUCUCUGAGUGUUUCUAAAAAUUUCAGACUCUGAAUAAAAACAAAAAAAACAACCCCGGCUCUUGGACAAAGAUAAAGACUUUCAGGCUGGCCUCAGAAAGCAUUCCUCCUCCUCUCACAGUCAGGCUCUUUUUGUCUUUUUAAAAAAAAAAUGUGUUGGUGGUCUUCUAGUUUGUUAAGUGUAAAGUUACUGGGGACACAGCGAGACAAGAGAUGGAGAAAUGGUGUUGUCUCAGUCUCACAUAUGUCAUGCACCUUAGCUUGAGGCACCUCUGGGUGUCCAGUGUCUCUUUUUUUCUGCUUUUUUUUUGUCUGCUUGUGCGUGUGGUCUUUAUUGACGAGGUCCCUAUAGCUACACCUUCCCUCUUUUUCUCCCUCGCUAUUUUUUACUGUCCCUCCCUCUCUGCCUUCUUCUUUUUUUUCCCCAGGUCCCUUGAGCGCUAUAUUUAUUAAAUCCACCACAAAGAAGAGAACAUACUGUCAACACCUACGAAACAUCAGGCUCGUCUCUCUUGCGGGCGGUUUGUCUGUUGUUGCCGUGCAGUAAACUCUCCCUCUCUCAUUUAUCAGUCGCACUCUGUUUUAUGUACAAGCCGAGCGUAACGUGAAGCACAGGAUAUUAGGAUUGAAAGAUGAGGUGUGACAGCGUCAGUCACAUGUUUUUCAGACAGGCUAACUAUAGCUGUUAUUUAUUUAUUUUCAUCUGCAGCGUGUUUGUCUUGUGUAGAGAAAGGAGCACAGAUCUGGUCUUAACAGAGAUGCUGCAGCCGUUUUAAUGUUCUUAAUUAUUACGCUCAAAACUUCAUGAAAGAAAAGAAAGCUUGGUGCAGUUCAGGGAAGUGGAACCUAAAUUAUAAUUGAUGUGAUCCCCUAAAAGUGUCCACACAUUUCAGAAGCUACAUUUCUAUUUUCUUGCAUUUGUCUUAGUUUCCAGCCACUCUGAAAGGAAAGCUAAAGGGAUUAGCAACAAAUGGGCUGCACUUAAAUUUAAUACAAACGAGUUUGGUCGCCAGCAAUGAAUCCCAAAGAUUUACUUAUCAUGUACUAAUUCAUUUUUGAGCUAAUAUCUGAGAUUUUCAUGCAAUUCCCUCCAAAGCACUUUGUGCUGAGCGCUAAUUAGCAAAAAUUAGCAUGCUAACAUCCAGUGGUGUCUCGGGUGUUAAUAGCAUUAGGUAUUAGCAUGAUGACAUUAGCAUUUAGCUCAAAGUGCUACUAUGUCUUAUCCCCUUACAGAGACCUGCUAGCAUAAAUGUAUUUUAUGCUAGGCUAUCUAUCGAUAUAAACAUUUUCUGUCUUCAUGUAAAGCCUUAAACGGUGGAAGAUUUUGCCUUAAAGGAUAUUCUUUACAACCCAAAACAUUAUGAUAGUGUCACGCUAACGGCUAAACUCUUACAACUUGAAUGUGAGUGUUGUCCCUGUGCAAAUGCUUUUGAAACUAUAUGAGAGAUAUGACUGUUUCUUUCUGACUAUAAAGCAGUGGCAGUGAUUUGAUGUAAUUUUAGUAACUUGUAAAUACUGAAUGUUUAUGCUUUAUUUAUUUAUUCCACCAUAAAAGAGGUUAAGUGUGUUAUCGUGCUUUGUGAAGGGUUGUUUUGUACAUAGAAGUGAACCUGUGUAAACAGAUGAACAGGUGUUCUUGUGUGCUGUAUUGAUAAAACUUAUUUUAUUGAACUUGAAA